AUGCCAUCUCCAAAUUAUAUAAUAUGUCUUGCACAUUUCUGUGAAUUACAUGGUCCUUCCACCAUUGUAUGCACACAAGUGACCACCCCUCAACAUAAAAGUGACUUCUUACUUCCAACAACUUCCAAAUUACAAACUUGUGCUUCAUGUAAAUUAUUACUUCCAGAUGAUUCAGUAAAUCUUGAAUCAUCAAAUGAAUCCGUUUCAUACGUCACCGCUCAGUAUCCAUCAUGUCAACUGAGAUACUCUUCACUUUCAAAAUUGGUUAUGAAAACCCUUUCAGUGGAAACUACUGCUGAUAGUUCCAAACCUGUUUUCUUUGGUGAUAAUGUGAAUGGAUAUUGUAUUAAUAGGAUGUUUAAGAUUUCAGAUAUUAAUGCCAGAGGUGGUGAAAGAAAAUAUUCUCUUAUGGUGGUUUCUGAUGAUGAGAAGGAACUCCUUUUACAUUGGGAGACCGUCAGUCUCUUUUUGAAUGAACUUAUAUCAUUAAUUCAAGAACAAGUUCUGAUUGUUGUUGAAGAGAAAAGACCAGCCACGAAUUCUAAAUCGAAUGGAACAUCCGGUAAUAUGUUUGAUAAUGAAAGGUAUCUUCGUCGGUCAUUAGUAAAGCCUAAAUCUUUAAUUGAACUUACAAAUGAUAACAAAUUGUUUGUUAAAUUACAUUUAUGGGCAAUUGAAGUAUUGAAACAUAUUCAGUAG